GCGGCCGCGCGAGGCAUCACGGGCCGCCCGGACGCGGAAGAUGGCGGACGCGGCCGUGGGUAAGGACAAGUGCGGGGAACAGCGGCUCGUAUCGCUACCCCUGUCCCGCAUCCGAGUCAUCAUGAAGAGCUCUCCUGAGGUGUCGAGCAUCAACCAGGAGGCGCUGGUGCUCACGGCCAAGGCCACGGAGCUCUUUGUUCAGUAUCUAGCCACCUGUUCCUACAGACAUGGCAGUGGCAAAGCCAAGAAAGCACUGACGUACAGUGACUUAGCCAGCACUGCAGAGGAGUCAGAGACACUUCAGUUCCUCGCAGAUAUAUUACCAAAGAAGAUUUUAGCUAGUAAGUACCUGAAAAUGCUCAAAGAGAAGAGGGAGGAAGAGGAGGACAAUGAGGAUGAUGGAAGCGACCUUGACGAAGCCCUGGCUUAGGCCAGCGAGAAGAGCUCUCAGCGAGUCCUGUGAGCACACACAAGGACAGACUGACAGCUGCGAAGUGAAGGGCACUGCAGCUUUGUCUCAGACUUGCAACUUGUUGCAUUUGCUCUUGCAGUGGAAAGGACUGGACAGCAGCCUCCUCCACAGGCCCUUCAGCCAUCUCCUCUCUCCUACUAGGAGAGUUCUAGGCAGAUGGCACUGCUCUGGCUUUGGGUACCGAAACACAUACCACUGAGCUUCACACUGAACUUGCAGGGCAGACCUGGGAAGCUCCCCAUCAGCUGUGUAGUCACCUGGACACCCUGUUCUCACAGACUACAUGCAUACUGUGCUACCUUUGAUUUUCUGUCUAAAAAAUGGACUAUGCAGUUUUAUUGUACAGAAAAUUGCUUUUUUCCAUUAAAGGUCUGUAUUUUACAGUAACAUGCUCUA